GGAAGGGAGGGAACUCAAGAUGUUGUGGGGAGAGUUGCCAUAGAGAACCCCGCCUCCUCGCGAAACUAGGACUCUGAAGGUUUUCCGAUAAUCGAACCCUUGGGCGUCUGCCCUCGCUAAACCUCCCCGUCUUCCCGACAUGUACCUUCACCUCAAAUCCUGCAAGUAGCAAAGUUGGUGUGAGGGUGUGAGGGCAAAGAACCAGAGCCCUGUCUCUCCUGGGACUCCCACUAUGCCUACCCCUCCACUCCACCCCUGGGGUCUGUGAGGAUAGGGUUGUGCAUAAAUUGGAGCAUUCCCUCCUCCUGGUUCUGCUCUCUGCCCCAGACUACAGGGCAUCUAGGAGGGAGGGAGAGUCCUGUCUUUGUGGUGAUACUAGUCUAGGGCUAUUGCUGCUGGCCCAACACGCAGUUGAGUUUUUACCUCUAUGGUACUAGACAUUCGGGGCCAGUCUAAGGUGUGAUUGAUGAAUGAUCAGAGCUUUGCCUUUGGAGUGCCAGCAGGCAGAGGCUGGAACAGAUGGUGAGAACCUUUGAACUUUGGGAGCUCUGACGUCAAGAUGUGGCUGGGGAGAAAGGAGGUCUCCCUCAAACGUCCUACUGUGUGUGGUGGGGGAACAGUAGGGGCAAAGGCCUGGAGAUGGGAGGAACAGGUGUGGAAGCCCAUGGAAGGGGAGCAUUAGUGAGCAAGACAGCCAUCCUGCCUUCCGGCUUCAGCUUCCUGGAACGCUGGCCUUGCUAGCACUUUGGAUGGGAAACAGGGGCUGUGGCUAGGGGCUGCCGUCCCUCCUGCAGAAUGCCAGAGGGCCCGGAGCUGCACCUGGCCAGCCACUUUGUAAACGAGACGUGUAAGGGGCUGGUGUUUGGUGGGUGUGUGGAGAAGUCCUCCGUCAGCCGCAACCCUGAGGUGCCCUUUGAGAGCAGUGCCUAUCACAUCUCCGCCUUAGCCCGAGGCAAGGAGCUUCGCCUGACCUUGAGCCCCCUGCCUGGUGCCCAGCCCCCUCAGAAGCCACUGUCCCUUGUCUUCCGCUUUGGUAUGUCUGGGUCCUUCCAGCUGGCACCUGCAGGUGCACUGCCGCCCCAUGCCCAUUUGCGUUUUUACACCGCCCCACCUGCCCCCCGGCUUGCCCUUUGCUUCGUGGACAUCCGCCGCUUUGGCCACUGGGACCCUGGGGGUGAAUGGCAGCCAGGCCGUGGACCCUGUGUCUUGCUGGAGUAUGAACGGUUCAGGGACAACGUACUUCGGAACCUAUCAGACAAAGCCUUUGACCGGCCCAUCUGCGAAGCCUUGUUGGAUCAGAGAUUCUUCAAUGGCAUUGGCAACUAUCUGCGGGCAGAGAUCUUGUACCGGCUGAAGAUACCUCCUUUCGAGAAGGCCCGUACAGUUCUAGAGGCCCUGCAACAGUGCCGGCUGAGCCCAGAGCUGACCCUGAGCCAGAAGAUCAAGGCCAAACUGCAGAACCCAGACCUGCUGGAACUAUGUCACCUGGUGCCAAAGGAAGUGGUUGAGCUGGGGGGCAAAGGCUAUGGGCCAGAGCGCGGAGAGGAGGAUUUUGCUGCCUUUCGAGCCUGGCUGCGGUGCUAUGGCAUGCCAGGCAUGAGUUCCCUGCGAGACCGGCAUGGCCGUACCAUCUGGUUCCAGGGUGAUCCCGGGCCCUUGGCACCCAAAGGGGGCAGAUCCCGGAAGAGGAAGCCAGAGGGGACUCAGCUGGGGACUGAGGACAGAAGAGAGGACCUUUCACUUUCAAGCAAGUCCAUUUCCAGGACUCGGAGGCCCAGGAAACAGCCCCCUAAGACGAUAGCACAACAGUCUGAAGGGACCAGCCUCCAACAAAACCAGGAAACCCCCCCCAAGAAAGGAAAGAAACGGGAGCGACCAGCAACCACAGGCCGACGCAGACCCCCCAAGAGUAAGGCCAAUAUCCAAUCCAGGGAGGCUGGAGGAGCUUCAGCCUCAUAGACGGAUGUUUCCUUCUUUGGACUCUAUUCCCUGCUGCCUUGCUAUGAAUCUAGGGGCGUGUCUGAAUCCCUGGAUUACAGGUGUGAACCACCACACCCUA